UGUUGGUUAAAAUUAAUAAAGAAGUUUCAUAACCAUCAUAAACAAGUAUAACGAUUCUGAAUAACUAAAUAAACUUUAUUAUUUGAGAAAUAUAUUGGUCUAUUGUAAACGUUUUUAUUACAAAUGAGGCCCAAGAAAGUAUAUAUUUGCAACAUUUGUGAUAAACACUAUAAAAAAUGCUCCAGUUUAAAAAGACAUAAUUUAAUGCAUUCUGAUGAGAAAUCUAAAUUUUCAUGCGAUGUAUGUAGCAGAUGUUUCAUAUCAAAACAUCAUUUGCAGCGUCAUCAUCGAACUCACACAGGAGAAAAACCUUUCAAGUGUAGUGAUUGCGAUAGAUCCUACAUUGAUGUCACCCAGUUAAGACAACAUCAACAAACUCACACUGGAUUAAAAUAUGGUUGUUCAUUUUGUGUAAAAAAGUUCGCCACACAAACUAGGCUAAAUAUACAUUAUAGGGUACAUACUAAAGAAAAACCUUACUCAUGUGAUGUGUGUAAUAAAAGCUACAGUGUAAAACAUAAUCUUAAAAAACAUCACCUUGUUGUCCAUCAAGGAUUAAGAGACGUUUGUGAUAUAUGUAACAAAUCUUUUCACUCUAAACAAUAUCUUAAUGCUCAUUAUCUCACACAUUCUGGAAGUAAGCCAUAUAUAUGUGAUGUUUGUCAAAAAGGUUUUGGUCACAGAAUUCAUUUAACAUCUCAUAUGCUGACUCACUCUAAAGAAGAUAAAAUUAAAUCCAGUUAAGUAAUAAUGCCAACAUCUUAAAAGGAAAAGAAUUUGAUGAAUGCUCUGAAGGACAUUCAGACAAAGAUACUAACUGCAUUGUUUGAAGUUGAUUGAUGAAGUUAUAUAAUUAUCAAACCAGAGAUGUUCUUCUUAUUGGUACCUGCACUAAAUUGAUUGCCAAAUUUUGGUGAAAACGGGGCUGUAACACAGGAGAAAUCACAUGAAAGAGCAAACUUGUCGCCACUUCCAGAUAAGCCAUUAUAUAUUUUUAAAUUAAUUUCAUGUAGAAGAACUGAGAUUGGUGCCUUGGUGAUAACAGUUGGUGCAAAUAAGAAAUAUAACUUUGAAUUAUCCACAUUUUUUUUCUCUAUAUUAUAUAGAUUGUAUUAAAAAAAUGUAAGAAAAUAACAGAAAUCUUUUAAUUAAUACUGAAGAGGUUCCUAUUAAACAAAUCAUCUUUAACUGAGUCAGUUUUAAUUUCUUUCUAUUUAUGUAUAAAUUAUUUAUACACAUAUAUUCAAAAGGAAAUUUAUUAAUAAGGUCGUUGUUGCUAUUUUAUUAACAUAUUAAACAUUCUAUUAAAGGUUUUUGAACUUGAGAUUUUGAUUAGUCUAAAUUACUUUGAUUAUCGAUUAAUGUUGUGCCUGCAAAUUUUUUAAAAUUUAUUUUCAGUUGUUUUUUUAUAAAAUGACAAAAAUAGGCUGUGCCUAUUUAUAUUAUGAAUCUGUAUCUCAUGUAUAUGAAGUUUGUAAUAAACUUUAUUGUUGCACAAUA